UCUUAUUAAAGCCCCAUCAAGUUUUUAACAUUUUCUUUGUUGAUCCUAUCAUAGCCUCAAACUUUUUGAAGAUGAGUGAGGCUACCAACGACAGUACUGUGUCUUUCCCGAAAAUGCAAUUCUGCUUCUUCGAUUCUCGAUUCAGGUACUUCCGCAAUCAUUUCAGAGAAAAAAAAAGUACCUUUUAAGGAGAAGUUCAAUUUGAUUCAGGUACCAUGUUGUCACGGCUGGGAGAGAGGAGGAGAAGCACUAAGCGAAGGGCAUUGGGGAUUCAGAAAAUGAAUUAGGGAUUGAGCUAGGGAUUGCACGUAGUGAGGAAUUUUGAUGAAAAGGAAGGGAAACAAGGGCCUUAGGAUAAGCCCAAGCCAAAAUAGGACGAAACCGUGAUUAAAUAACCAUGUACUGUCGACUAUAAUUUUCAUGUGUGAAAAGAAUGAAUUUUUUCUUCUCUUGAAUCUAUAUUCUCUCGUCUACUCUCUCUUCUUUUCUUCUCUUCUUCGUCUAUUUUCUUCUCUAUUUCUUGAGGGACAUAACACGUUUGGUUUGUUUUUUGUUUGGUAGAUUCUGGAAAAUGGACUUGGAGGCAGGGAUGAAGGCAACACUUGUUGCUAAAUUAAGGGAAUAUAAGUCUGAUUUGAAUAAGUGAAGGAGGGAAUUCAAGAGAAUGUCUUCACCCAAUUCUAUUCAGGCUGAUCAUGAUGAAUUGUUGGAACCUGGGAUGGCUGAUUCUCACUCGGUUUCUGCCGAGCAAGGAGAAAGAUUGUCGAUGUCAGUGAAAAGACUGAAUCAAUCAAGUGAUAGAAUUAAGGAGUGUCGAAGAACUAUUCUGGAGACACAAGAGCUUGGGUCUCCAUUCUUGAAGUUCUGCAUCAACAGCGAUAGACAUGCCCAUAACAAGCUUUAUGAUGUGGAUGAUGCUAUAGACAAGAGUAAGAAAGUUUUAACUUCCAUGUCUCGGAGGAUUAUCAAGAACAAGUGGAUCAUUGUCGUAAUUAUAGCUCUUGUCCUUGCAAUCAUCUUAAUCCUCUACUACAAAAUUUCACAUCACUAAUGAAUCUCUUGAAUUCUUG